AUGUCUGUUGCAGUUAAAGGUAUUUUCAUUGUUGGAGCCAAACGUACCCCGUUCGGUACGUUCGGAGGCGUGUUCCGCAACACGUCAGCUACUGAGCUGCAGACCGUCGCCACGACCGCCGUCCUCAAGGAGGCGGGGGUUGCGCCCGACCAGGUCGACACGAUGGUGGUCGGACAGGUUAUGUCGGCGUCACAAACCGACGGUAUCUACACGCCACGUCACGCGGCCCUCAAGGCAGGCAUUCCUCAGGACAGGCCAGUGCUGGGUGUCAACAGGCUGUGUGGCUCCGGCUUCCAAUCAAUUGUUAAUUCUGCUCAGGAUAUCCUAACAGGUUCUGCUAAGAUCUCCCUCGCUGGUGGUGUGGAGAACAUGUCCCAAGCUCCCUUCGCAGUCCGUAAUGUCAGAUUUGGGUCAGUCUUGGGCAGUUCCUAUGCCUUCGAGGACACUUUAUGGGCAGGACUCACCGACUCAUACUGUGGACUACCUAUGGGAAUGACUGCAGAGAAAUUGGGAGCCCAAUUUGGAAUCACUAGGGAUGAAGUUGAUAAUUAUGCAUUGAAAUCUCAGCAGAGAUGGAAAGCAGCCAACGAUGCAGGAGUGUUCAAAGCAGAAAUCGAACCUGUAAGCCUUACUAUUAAAAAGAAGGAAGUUAAAGUGGAAGUAGAUGAACACCCCAGACCACAAACAACCAUUGAAAGCUUGAAGAAGCUGCCCCCUGUGUUCAAGAAGGACGGACUUGUUACUGCAGGGUCAGCUUCGGGUAUAAGCGACGGCGCAGGAGCCAUACUCUUGGCCAGCGAAGAGGCGGCCAAGUCUCUGAAGCCCCUCGCGCGGCUCGUGGGCUGGUCCUACGUGGGCGUGGACCCCAGCAUCAUGGGUAUCGGACCCGUGCCCGCCAUACAGAAGCUGCUGGCAGUUACCAAGAUGACGUUGAACGAUGUGGACUUGAUUGAGAUCAACGAGGCCUUCGUAGCACAGACACUGUCCUGCGCAAAGGCGCUAAAGCUGGACAUGGAGAAGCUGAACGUGAACGGAGGCGCCACCGCCCUCGGGCACCCGCUGGCGGCCUCGGGCUCCCGCAUCACGGCUCAUCUGGUACAUGAGCUCAGACGUCGCGGCCUGAAGCGUGCCAUCGGCUCGGCCUGCAUCGGCGGCGGGCAAGGCAUCGCCGUCAUGGUCGAAGCUGUG